AUGUUAUCGCUACUCCCAAUCUUGACUUUAUUGGCCGUGUGCUCAAUCGUCACUGCCGGAGACGUCGCCCCGAAUGUUGGUAAAAGUUUCCCAUCAGUGCAAGGAACUUUUUGGAACGGUGCAACUUUUGCCGGAAGCUGCCUCUUGCAAGAUUAUUAUAAAUCUGGCGCCCCAAAUGGCUUAGAAUAUGUUGCAGUGGCCAAAGAUGUCAAUGGCAACGCUGAAUAUUGCGGCGCGUGUAUUGAAAUCACCCCCAAGACGACAAAAAACACUCCAGUGGUUGCGAUAGUUUCUUCUCACUGCCCCGAUUGCCCCGCAGGAGCUCUCGACAUCCCAAAAACACUCUUCAAUCGCCUACAGGGCAAUGCUGACGGAAGACCUGGCAUCAGCAUGUUCAGUUGGAAAGUGGUCACUUGCCCAUUCGGAAAGUUUCCGAAGAUCAUAAACAAGGACGGCUCUUCGAAAUACUCCCUAUCCAUGAAGGUCGUCGAUAGCUCAUACCCGGUCCAAAGUGUCGUGAUCAUCUCCGGUGGGAAAAAUUUGGCCGCUUACAAGCGGGACUACAACUACUGGGAGCUUCACAACGCAGGCGUGUUGGACGAUAAAGUCAAGGUCAUCGUCACUUGGACGAACAAUCAGUCUUUUAGCUUCUCGAACGUCGACCCUUCAAGCAAACAAGCUGCAAUUUCUGAUCUGGAGAAAAAUCCCAACGGGAGACGGGCCGGAGCUCAUAAACGGAAAUCCUUUCAACAAGCAAGAGGUCAGAACUAA